AUGGACCUCUCGAGUGGGGGUCCUCGAGACGAUGGACUGGCGUGGCAGUUGGACAAUUCGGAUGCUAUGCAACUUGUGAGACAGGUUCUGUAAAUGCGUAGUUUUCGACAAAAAAAAAUAGUAAUUUGUCUCUUUUAGGCCGUACUCUUUGAAAACGUCGAAUUGCUCGCCGACUUGUUCAAAGUGAAUCCGUGGGUUUGGAACCGUGUCGAUCGGCACGGAAGGACACCGCUGAUGCUCGCGGCACACAACGGAAAAGUGAACAGUUUGAGGACGAUACUCGUCUGCUCUCCUCGUAUGUUUUUGCAAAAUUUCAAGGGAAAAGUCAGCAGAACUGGGCUGCAUUCAGUUUUUAAAAAAAUUUCUAUAAACAACUAACUAGGGAAGUACUUUUGAAGAGACAAAUUUUUAUAAAAUUAUGAUUAUAUGGCCAUGCUUGAUUUUUUGCCGUAAAAACCAACACAAAAUAACUGUUUUUCUUGUGAAAAUAGUUUGGUCCCGAAAAUUAAUUGUUCGUUUUUUGAUUGUAGCAGUGAAAAGUGAACGAAAAACAGCAUGUUGUCUCCCGUUUUUUACGUGAAAAACCUAAAUCAGUAAUGUGAAAAACGUUGAAAAUGUUUCCGCUAACUUUAAUUAAAUUUAAUCGUGAAGCGACAAGUCAAAAAAAGUAUAAAACACAAAAAUUACGACUCAAACGUGUUCACGCUUUCAGAAUCGCUCGAUUUGGUGAACGAACGCGGAAAGACGGCUCUUCACAUGGCUGCCGAGUCGGGAGAAACUCCGAUUGUUCUGGAAUUGGUGGAUAUUGGUAAGUUUUUAAAUUUUACACUGAAAAAAGAGUGCAAAGCGGUUGUUUCGUUUUUAGUGGGGUUAUUCAGGCUGUGAAAAAAAUGAUUGUUUUCCGUUUUUUUCGUUUUUUACGUCAAAAAAUCCAAUUCAGCGAUGUAAAAAAACGGAAAACAAACAUACGCUGAAUAGCCCCAUAACGUUCGUUACAACGCUGAAUUGAAUUUUUUAAAUGUAAAAAACACGCACUGAAUAUUACCAAAAUUUAAAAAAACGCACAUAAAAAUAGUCAGAAACGUUUUUAGGUUCGGAUCCGAUGAAAGUCGACAAAGAGGGUCAUUGUGCGUUGGAAUUGGCUCAAAUGGCCGGCCACAAUGAGGUCGCCGCCAAGCUUAUCGACGCUAUUCGUAAGUGACUUUUUUGCAGUUCAAAAAAAGAAAAACAGAGCCUUUGCAGAAAAAGAAAGCGAAGAUUUGAACGAAGCGCACACAUUUUUGAUAAGUGCGUGCGCGUCCGGAAAUGCCGACGUCGUCAAUGAGGUGCUCAGGAAAACGAUGGGAAAGUGCGUGCUCUCUAAAAUGCUGUAAAAAUCGUAAGAAAAACUACAGACAACAAAACCGCGACAUCAUUUUCAACGGCCGAACCGAUGAAGAUGAGACCGCGCUUCUCAUGUAAGCUCCACACAAUUUUCGGCAAUAAAAAUUAAAUUAAAUUCAGUGCCUGCACAAACGGACAUGCGGAAAUCGUUCGUCACUUGCUCACAUUCUCCGAGCACCUUUUGCAAAGUCACCUGACCCGGGAUACCGUGAUCCACGCGGCGGUCUCAUCGCAGAACGUGGAAGUGCUCCAGCUGUGUCUUGAGGUGCGGUGUUUAUUCAUCACCAUUGGCGACUAG